AUCCUCCUCCAUCUCCUUUUCAAAUUGGAGCGGGAACGCUUAAUAAAAUUACCCAAGGCUAGCUAGCUAUGACAGCAGCAGGGACCAUGAGAGCAUGGGGUCGCCCAACCCAACCCAGGGCUCUGAAAUUGAAGUUGAUAGUCACAACAGAGAACAGAGUUAGAGGCAGGCAUGUUUUCAGAGUAGAUAUGACUGCAAUUCCUUCCUCGCCCCCAUUCAGAGCGAGUCGUUGGUAGAUUCCCAAUGCCGAUGCUGACCUCAUCACAUCGAUCGCCAUGCACACCCAGAAGCUAGUGGACUGCAAAUUUCUCCCAUUUUAUUAUCUCCGGGUUUCACCGGCAUCUCCCUUCCCAAAGCUUAACUACUUCCUCACCAAACACACUACUCCUACUACAUUCUUGAGCCACACACUCUCCCUCCAAGUUCAAACUUUCCCUGAUCUCGCCUUCCCUCCAACGCAACACCUCGUUGCUCGAUCAACAACACCAUUGCUAGCUCGGCAGGCAGCAGCAACAGUAGUAGCUCACUGCCCGUCUUCUUCUUCUCGCCACCAUCACCAUGGGGAGGACCAAGCAGUCGUCGUCGUUCUGGUCGUCGCGGCGCCGAGCCUCCUCCGCGCCCGCCACGCCCAGGCCGGAACCGCCCGUCGGCUGCAUGUCCAUGGUGCAGUACCUCAUCUUCGCGCCCGGCGCCGGCUGCGUCGGCCGGCCGCCGGCCUCCUCCAACGCCAUCGUCACGCCGCACGGCGACUUCCAGAGCCCCGACAAUUGUGAAGGCAGGUGCAAGAGCGGCUUCGAGGCGCCCAGGAACAGCCUCGACCUCGACGCUGACAACCCCAACGACAUCCAGAUCGGCGUGCAGAUCGAGCCGGUGUUCGACGCCCUGGCGCGGACCGACAUGCGCCGCCCGAAGCCCACCGCGCCGUCGUCGGAGGCCGAGACGCCGCGGACGCCCAGCCUCGUCGCGCGCCUCAUGGGCAUCGACGGCCUGCCGGACCAGCCCUCGCCGUCGCCGCCGGGGCAGCACCACAAGACGAAGCCCGCCACCAGACCUUCCUCCUCCUCCAAGGAGAACACACACUGCAGCUCGGCGCCGGGCAGCGGCAAGGGGGAGAAGAAGAAGCGCGUCAUCCCGGAGUCCAUGAACCGGCGGGAGCCGCUGCGGAGCCUCAGCUGCAACGUCGAGGCGCGGUCCCUGCCGGACACGCCGCGGGGGUCCACGUCGGCGCGGGCGUCGUGGGACGGGCCCAGACUGUCGCUGCAGGCGCUGAAGGAGAGCGUCCUCGACCGCGCCGCGCAGUACAUGUCCAUGCCAAGCUCGCCCACCUCCUCCGCCGCCGCGGCCGCUGCCGGAAAGAAGAAGAAGAAGGAGAGGGAGCGGGCGGCCAAGGAGCAUGCGCGCGAGAUACUCAGGCAGGCCAAGGAGAACGUCGCCACCCGCAAGAGCAAAUCCUCGUCGCCGGCGGCGGAGAAGAAGAGGCACAGCAGCUUCAGCAACAAGGAGAACGUCGCAGCUCCGGUUGUGGAGGACAAGCUCGUCGUCGUCGUCCAAGCUGCUGCCAAGCCGACGACGGUGGCGGCUAAAGCGCAUCAAGGCGGCACCGAGCAUCCUCCGCCGUCACACAACAGCCCCAGGGUGCCGCUGGCUCCGAGGCAGCAGUCGCCGCCGCCGCAGCGGGCGAAGCCGUCGCGGCCGCCGCCACCGCCGCCGCCGCUGGACCCGCCCGCCAGGACGAGGAAACCGGACGGGUGCGAGCGCUUCGCCACGCGGAUCAAGAAACCAGCUGCUGCCGCCGGGGGCCAGCCUCCUCCUCCGGCGUCACCGCCGGUGGCCCUGCCGCCCGCGCCGGCGACCACGUCGUCUGUGCCCAGCCAAAGGCAUGCUCCGUCGACAGUGCCGGUGGAGGAGAACCCCGAGUACCGGUACCUUCGGACGGUGCUGGAGCGCGGCGGGUUCAUGCGGUCGCCGCCUCGGCGUCCUGGCCGGCCGUACUCGUCGGCGUCGCCGGUGGACCCGAUCGUGUUCCACCUCCUGGAGCUGGAGCUGCCGGCGGAGGAGGCGCGUCUGGGCCCACUCCGCCACCGGUGGAACCGGAAGCUGCUGUUCCACCUGGCGCAGGAGCUCCUGGCGGACCUGCUGCUGGUCCCGCAGCAGGACGCCUCGGCGGCGGCGGCGUCAGGAACAGAGCGUCUUGCUCAUCUGGCUCUGACCGGCGCGCCGCUACUGGGGAAAGUCUGGAGGAGGGUCCGCGGCUUCCCGGCGGCGGACUGCCGUGUGGUGGGCGACAUCGACGCGCUGGUGGCGGCGGACCUGGAGGAGUCACCGGCGCGCGCACGGCGGCUGGCGGAGCACCCGGCGGUGGCGGAGGAGGCCGGGGACGUGGCGGAGGAGGUGGCGGACCGCGUCCUGGAGGCGCUCCUCGGGGAGUGCGUCGCGGAAUCCGUUUCUCUCUCCUGACACGGUCGCCGCCGCCGCAGCCGUCGUCACGUGCGCAGGCGAGGUAACCGUUGGGGGUGGCGUGGCGUGACGUCAGCCGGGGCAGCGGAUCUCGACGGGAACAGCGGGGGCGCGCUCACUACCAUGCUCUGCUGCUCUGCAGAUGCCCCCACAGAGUUGGCUGCGGCAGAGGCCACGCAGCUUCUGCUCACCGGUGCUGAUGGGAACGUGGCGUUGCCUGCCAUGCCUCGGGACGCGUGCGCGGCGUACAGUGAAGUGACCGCCGCCGGCGUGGCGGGUCACCGUCGGCGUUUGCUUGGAAUUCUGUUGGCUACGUGUAUAUAGGUACCGUCGGAGUAGCUCUCUGUGUCUCUGUACUUGAACAUCCUCUUGCUCAAUACAGUACACACUGUUGCUGCGAUCCUUUGUGUUUCUAGGGCCAUGGCACCUGUUUUGAUUUUUGAAAGGUGUGCAUGUCAAGAAUUGAUGGACACGAUGAUAACGUCUGUGAUCGGUAGGGUGCAUAGUCCCAAUCCACAGCUUCGAUGUGUUUGGUAGCAUGCAUAAGACCGCUUAGCUAAUGUUAGGGACACUGUCAGGAAAAGCGUCUUCAGUAUCGGGUCCAAACUCUCCUUCAGUA